GAAUAACAUAGUAAUGGGGUGAGUUAGCUCGAGCACUAAGCCAACCAAGAAAAUAGUCAGAGAAAGAAGAAAGUCAAGAAUGGGCCUGCAAGACUUCAAAAUGAAAUACAAAAUUUCAAACAAAGUUCUCGGAAGUGGCGGAUUUGGAAAAGUCUUCGAAGCAUCUCUGGUGAAUGAUAAGACACAUAAAUCAGCUAUCAAGGUUAUUUCUAAAAAGAAAUUAGAAGGAGUUGUUGAAGAGAUCUUUGAUGAAAUAGCAGUUUUGAAAAAUUUAGAUCAUCCUAAUAUCGUGAAAUAUAUCGAAAUGUUUGAAAACAAUGACUACCUCUACAUUGUGACUGAACUAUGAGAAGGAGGAGAAUUAUAUUCCUACAUUCAUGAUAAAGUCAGCAAAGAUGGGAAUUUCAAAGAGUCAGAAGCGGCUGAUAUCAUGAAAAUGCUCCUCAUGGCAAUAGUGCACUGUCAUUCCUAUAAAAUUGCUCACAGAGACAUUAAGCCAGAAAAUAUCAUGCUUAACAAAGAAGGGCAUGUAACGCUAAUUGACUUUGGACUCUCUAAACAAAAAGACAUCAAAGGAAUGAAGUCUGUCGUAGGAUCUCCCUACUAUGUAGCACCAGAAGUCCUUGAAGGAGAAUAUGGCUUAAAAUGAGACAUAUGGUCCCUUGGAGUUAUCCUAUAUAUCCUUCUUUGAGGAUACCUUCCAUUUUCUGGUAAAAACGCAAUGGACAUUUUUGCUAAAAUCUCUGAAGGCAAGUACUCAAUGAAACAUAAGGAAUGGGACUCAGUGUCAGAUGAAGCUAAGGAUCUAGUAACGAAGAUGCUAGAAAUGAACCCAAAGAAGAGACUCUCUGCCCAGAAGUGUUUAAAUCAUGAAUGGUUUGAAAUUGCAGAAAAACUUAAAGGAGAAGAAGGUGAUGCUCUUGAUCUUGAUCUUCUUCAAAAUCUUAAAGAGUUUAAAAGUACCUCGAUGCUUAAGAAAACAGCUAUGAGUGUAUUAGUAAAACUCCUUACUGCUAAAGAAAUUGGUAAACUUAAGAAACAAUUCGAAGCAAUCGAUACUGAUUUUACUGGGUACAUUGAUGCUGAAGAGCUUUCGACAGCCAUGAAAAAGUCAAACUUAAAUGUGCCAGCCAAAGAAAUUGAUAAAAUAAUCUCUGAGAUUGAUUACAAAGGCAACAAUCAAAUAAACUACUCCGAAUUCAUCGCAGCAACACUGAAGACUAAAUAAAAUCCUAAACGAUUCCCGCUUGAAGGUUCUUUUCAAAGAAUUUGAUGUUGACAACAGUGGCUACAUCACCAAGGACAACCUAGAAGAAGCUUUUGAAAGACUUGAUAAAAAGGUAACUAAACAAGAAAUCAAAGAAAUUUACGAACAACACGACCAUGCUAAGGACGGAAGAAUCUCCUACGAUGAAUUCAAGAUCAUGAUGCUCGGCGAAGAUGAUAUUAUCGAUACAGCGUCAGAGUCGUAG